UGGACCAUGGAGAAAAACAAUAAUGUAACACUAUUUAUUCUUUUAGGACUUUCUACAAGCAAAAAUAUAGAAAUUUUCUGCUUUGCGUUAUUUUUAUUUUGCUAUAUUGCUAUCUGGGUAGGAAAUGUACUCAUAAUGAUUUCUAUCGCUUGCACUCAGCUACUGGAGAAACCCAUGUAUUUCUUCCUUAAUUACCUCUCUCUCUCAGACCUUUGCUACACAUCCACGGUGACACCGAAGCUAAUGGCUGACUUGCUGGUGGAGAGAAAGACCAUUUCUUAUAACAGUUGCAUGACACAGCUCUUUGCCACUCAUUUCUUUGGUGGUAUUGAGAUCUUCAUCCUCACAGGGAUGGCCUAUGACCGCUACGUGGCCAUCUGCAAGCCCCUGCACUACACCAUCAUCAUGAGCAGGCAGAAGUGUCACACAAUUGUCAUAGCUUGUUGUACUGGGGGCUUUAUACACUCUGCCAGCCAGUUUCUUCUCACCAUCUUCUUACCCUUCUGUGGGCCCAAUGAGAUAGACCACUACUUCUGUGAUGUGUAUCCUUUGCUGAAACUGGCUUGCACUAACACACACAUGAUAGGUCUCUUAGUAAUAGCUAAUUCAGGCCUAAUUGCUUUGGUGACUUUUGUUGUUCUGAUGUUGUCUUAUUUUUUUAUACUGUAUACCCUCAGAUCCUACUCCGCAGAGAGCCGCAGCAAAGCUCUGUCCACGUGCAGUUCUCAUGUAACAGUGGUGGUCUUAUUUUUUGCGCCUGCUUUGUUCAUUUACAUUAGGCCGGCUGUAACGUUUCCUGAAGAUAAGGUGUUUGCUCUUUUCUACACCAUCAUUGCUCCCAUGUUCAACCCUCUGAUCUACACACUGAGAAAUGCGGAGAUGAAGCACGCCAUGAGGAAAGUAUGGUGCCCUCAAAUGUUUCUGGAAGGAAAGUAA